AUGGCGCCUCACAGGAUACGGCCGAAAGCCAGAGGGGGCGUUUACCAGGUCAAUGAGGACCCGAAAAAGCUGGACGAUGCGUAUAUACGCAUGUUGGGCCCUGGAGGAGACAAAAUACUGGGAGACGACGUAAAGUGGUUAGCCGUCACACACAAGAGCUUCGACCACGGAAGGAGAGGAUUCAACGACCGAUUAGCAUACUUGGGACGGAGGAUAGUCGAACUACAAACAACACAGGCGCUCAUAAACUCGCCGCAGGAGAAUCAAUGGCCGAGAGAUCCCACUGGUGUACCAAUUAGCGACGAGUUUGGACGCAAACCAUACCUACACCCCGCCUUGAAUGGGCUGCAAGGCUUGACUGACGAGGCCGAGAGUCUGGUCUUGAGCAAGACACGGCUAGCACCGAUAGCAGAGCGAUAUCGUCUGGACAAGGUCACACGGUGGACACCCAAGAGGGCGGACAACCUCCAAGGCUCUGGUUUUGAAACCGUCCUUAUGACCUCUCUAUACGCCAUCGUCGGAGCGGUCGCUCUCGAGCGUGGCGGCGAAGUGGCCAACAAGGUUGUGCAAGAAAAGAUACUCGCACCGCUUGGCUUCAGCUUCUCGCCCGAAUCAUGA